CUAUGGCCACGCUGCUCGCUGGUAGAUCAUCCUGUUCGCUGUGCGUACGACUUAUUUUCAAGAACUGACGCGUCAACUCAGAGAACGCGCUCGGUGAACGAUCAUCAGCCUACCGGAGACUCGAGUCUCUUUGUUCUCCCAGGUUGGAUCACUGUUAAGGUUCCUCUUGAUCCGUUUACGAGGAAUGUGACUUAGAAAGAUCCAAGAUGAUCCCAUCAGACUGUACUUUGGACAUCUCGAACGUGUUCCACUCCACUGCUGUGGUGAUCGAGGGAAGUUGUCUGAGUAAAUCGGAGCCAACUGCAGUAUUGAGAGACGUGUCUGCUAGAGUACACGGCGGAGAAGUGUUGGCUAUUCUAGGAUCGAAAGGAUCUGGCAAAAGAGCCUUACUCGAUGUCAUUGCUGGGAGAGCAGAGGGUGAGACCAGGGGCAGAGUGACCCUCAACAAUAAUCUAUUGACUCCAGAAUUGUUCAGGCGUCAUGGCGGAUACGUAGCUCACAGAUGCCACUUGUUACCCAGUCUGACUGUCCGUCAGACUCUGACCUAUGCCACUUGGCUGGCUAAUUUGAGCAAUAGGGAUGCCAGGGUACGUCAGACACUGGCUGAUCUAGCAUUGUCCCAAGUUGCUAACAGGCCAGUGAACGAUUUGACCAAACCAGAGUACAGGAGACUGAUGUUGGGUGUGCAACUUGCUAAAGACCCCACUCUGUUACUCUUAGAUGAGCCUACAUGGGACACUGAUCCCUUGAACACCUAUUUGAUCGUUUCCAUGCUUUGGUCCUAUGCGACCAGAAGAGGAUCCAUCGUUGUUCUAACGAUGGAAACUCCAAGAUCAGACGUUCUACCGUUUGUCAGUCGGGUGACUCUUCUCUGUUUGGGCGCGGUGGUCUAUUCCGGGCCAACUAGGAGCAUGUUGGAUUACUUCACUUACAUUGGAUUUCCCUGUCCAGAACUUGAGAAUCCUUUGAUGUAUUAUUUGUGUUUAUCGACCGUCGAUCGUCGAUCCAGGGACCGUUUCUUAGAGUCCAAUCAACAGAUAUCCGUGCUGGUUGAAAAGUUCAAAGCUGAGGGUGCUGUUUACAUGAAGGAGGCUCCGCAAGUGCCGCCCAACGUCAAGGACGCGGCUCUUGGCAUUAUGCACAAAGGUUUAGGCCGAGGAAUCAAACCUGGCUGCUUCUCCACUCUUCUUGCUCUUUACUUGAGAGGCAUGGCAGCGACGUUUGGCUUCAAUAAGUCUGGUUUAGGACACUUCGCUGCUCGACUAUUACUGCUACCAUUUUCUGUAGCCUUAAUGAGCAUCUUGUACUCCCAUUCUACCCCCGUACAGUCUAGAAUAUUUUUACAAACCGGAGGCUUGAUGUUCAACGUACUGACUCUAUUUUACGUUGCUGGUAUAGCGUCAACGGCUCUCCUCUUUCCAGGUUAUCGAGCCAGAUAUUAUCAGGAGAAAAGGGAAGGUCUUUAUGGCGGUGCGAUGUUCCUAACCGCAUACGCGUUGCUGAGUUUACCGCUGAGUUUCAUCUCAACCAUGAUCACCAUUGGCAUUCUCACGCCCAUCUUGGAAUUAGAUCUGUCCUCGUGGGCAUACGCUUGCGGUGUUCUUUGGGCCAGCUACGUUGCAGCCGAACAAGUAACCGUGGCUGUGUUGAUGGUAGUUGGUAAACCCAUAACAGGCGCCAUAACCGUACUCUAUAUGACAUUAGUGUCUCUAGUGAUCGCUUCUGGUGCAAUCAGGAGUCUGAAAGGUUUACCCUACUGGCUCGCCGCGGUGUCCACCGCGUUACCAGCAAGAUACGCGUCCUUAGCCCUGAAUCAAUUGGCCAUCGACGUGCCUGAAUCGUUGAAUUUACAUUACAACGAGAGCUUCGCCUGUCCUGGGAUACCAGAGCUGUGCCGAUAUCCGGACGGUAGGUCCUAUCUGAUCGAACGCUUCACACGGGAGGGUGAAAACAUUUCAGAAGUGUUGAACGUUGAUUUGAAUCUGUUAAUCUCGUUGGCGUUCGCCGUUGGUCUGAGCAUACUGAACAGUGUCCUUUAUUUGUUACCACUUCCAGCAAGAGUGAAAGCGAAAUUUCGAGAGUGAGCCGUUGUAUGAUUUAUUCUUUUAGAAAUUAAAAUUAUAGUUUAUUUUUCAGCGUG